AUGUAUUCAAAGUUUUGUCAGAAAAAAAUUGAAAAAGCUGAAAAACGAGAAUCUAUUGCCAAUAAAGAUGAUAAAGAAAAGUUAGAAACGUGUAAUAACUGUAACUCAGUUAUUAGCAGAGAAGUUAAACUAGUGCCAGAGCCACACCCAGAGGGCUGCCUUUUGCCAUCAGAUAUAUCUGCAGCUCCUAAGGAAUUUCAUUUGAAAGAUAUCAGUGAUUUUAUUAAAGCUGGAGUAGAGGCAGUUAUUGAAGAUGAAGUUACUAGUCGAUUUGCAGCUGAAGAGCUUCCAGCUUGGAAUCUCCUGACAAGGACAAAUAAAAACUAUCAGUUUAUUAGUCUUCGGUUGACCUGCAUAUGGGGGAUCGGCUUUUUCCUCCGUUAUUGCAUUUUAUUCCCUCUCAGAUGUCUCAUAACAUUUUUUGGUGUGUGUUGGCUUCUUUUGUGUACGUCCAUUGUUGGUUGUUUACCAGAGGGCAGAUUUAAAAGAUGGCUCUACUGGCAUGUUAGUAUAUCAUGUUUUAGAGUUUUUGCUUGUGCAUGUUCUGCAAUUGUUACUUAUCACAAUAAAGAAAACAGAGCUGUAAAUGGAGGGAUUUGUGUCGCUAAUCAUACCUCUCCUAUAGAUGUAGUAAUACUAGCCAAUGAUAACAGUUAUGCACUAGUGAGUCAAGCUGUCAUUUCUUUAUUUGUUGUGUAUUUUUAUAGUAGCAUAUUUCGUGAUCAGACGAACAGGUAUGCUUCUCAGACUUUGCAGCCAGUACAUUUAGGAAAAAGGAAACAUGUUUUAGAAUGGAAACCUUGUACCACUGAAGAACUAAAACGUUUUAUUGCUUUGACCCUUUUAAUGGGUCAUAUUGAUAAAGAUGAUAUUUGUGAAUAUUGGUCGAAAGACGAACUGAUUGAAACGCCUAUUUUCGGAAAAAGCAUGUCCCGAGACAGGUAUUUACAGAUCCUUAAAUUUUUACACUUUGCCAACAACGAAAACUCGCCAGACCAAAACAAUCCAAAUUACGACAGACUGUGGAAAAUUAGAGAAGUAUUUGAUCACAUAAAUUUAUAUUUUAGAAGCCUGUAUGAUCCCACAGAAGAACUGUCCAUUGAUGAAGUUAUUGGGAAAUUCAAAGGUCGUGUUAUUUUCAAACAAUAUAUUCCAAAAAAGCUCAAGUGA